AAUCAGGCUGCUUCCCCCUCUCACACCCACUAAAGGACACCCCCCCACGGGGUGCAGACCGCCACAGCCCCCAAACCUGCCCUCACUGAACCAGUGGACUUGGGGCGGCCCCCUCCUAUCGCCCUGGUGGCCUUAACUCUCUACAGAGGGAGUGGAGGCGCCUGGAACAGGGAGGGCGGGCGGUGCGCCCAGCCGGGGCGUGGAGCCUUAGCCGGAAAUAGAACUUGACCUUGAGGCCUCAGAGAAAAACAGUAAUUGGAGUAGAAAUAAAGCCUAAAUCACUUGUUGAAAGCCCAACAUGUCAAUAGCUGCUACUUAGAGCCAGCCUUACCCUGUCAUUGAGUUCAUUAUAAAAUUUGCUUCAAGUCCAGUUUACCAGCAGUUUAAAUCCUCAGGGUGGUUCAGAGUAGGAACAACCAGUAGCAACUUUGCUUGGCCUCUGAGGGAGUCUGAGCUUCCAGAUCCUUCCUCCCAACUGCCACUAGUCUCCCUCCUCUAUUUGAGGGACAGUGAAGUGGAUCCCAAAACAAGCGACUUGACCUGAACCCUGGGCUUUUUAGAUGCUAACCGCUGAACCACCAGCACCUGUAGGACAUAGUCCUUAGAGAAACUGAGGCAGGAUCCCAGGCAUAACCCUAAGGCAGAGGCCAAAGUGGGAAUCCAAGCCCUCCCCAAGCCCCACUGAUCUUCACAAACUGUGAGUUGCAGAGAGGAUUCCAACUAGAAGAAUUAACCUCGAUGUUCAAGUUGAUUCCCCGGCCUCUUGGGCUGGGAGGCUGGGCCAGUGGGCCUUUUAACCAGCCCGCACAGGCGGCUCCGGACGCCAGCCCUGGAUGCCGUGCCUGGCCUCUGUGGUCUCGGCAGCCACCAGCCCGGCCAGCCCGGCCAGUAUGCAGCAGCCGCCGCCACCGCCACCUGGGCCCUUGGCCCCUGCAACUGAGCCCACCAAGCCCCCCUACAGCUACAUUGCCCUGAUCGCCAUGGCCAUCCAGAGCUCACCGGGGCAGAGGGCCACACUCAGUGGCAUCUACCGCUACAUCAUGGGCCGCUUUGCCUUCUACCGCCACAACCGGCCCGGCUGGCAGAACAGCAUCCGCCACAACCUGUCUCUCAAUGAGUGCUUUGUCAAGGUGCCCCGUGAUGACCGCAAGCCAGGCAAGGGCAGCUACUGGACCCUGGACCCCGACUGCCACGACAUGUUCCAGCACGGCAGCUUCCUCCGCCGCCGCCGCCGCUUCACCCGUCGGGCAGGUGCAGAGGGUACCAGGAGCCCCGCCAAGGCACGCCGGGGACCCCUCAGAGCCACCAGCCAGGAUCCCGGAGGCACCCACGCCACACCCAGCAGGCAGUGCCCGUUCCCACCAGAGCUGCCAGACCCCAAGGGCCUAAGCUUUGGGGGUCUGGUGGGGACCUUGCCAGACAGCACGUGCCCAGCAACCGCUGACAUCGCCAGGCCUCGGCUGCCCGUGGAGCCCAAGGAGAUGUCCACGCCCAAGCCCACUGGCCCAGGGGAGCUGCCGGCGGUCCCCUCGUCCUCCCCGUGCCCAGCGUUUGGCUUUCCUGCCAGCUUCUCUGAGGCCGAGGGCUUUAGCAAGUCCCCUACGCCCGUGCUGACCCCCGAGGCAGGCCUCGGGAGCGGCUACCAGUGCCGACUGCAGGCGCUCAAUUUCUGCAUGGGCGCUGCCGACCCAGGCCUGGAGCACCUGCUGGCCUCUGCGGCCCCCUCCCCUGCACCCCCCACCCCAUCAGCCUCGCUCCGGGCCCCGCUGCCCCUACCAGCUGACCCCAAGGAACCCUGGGUUGCAGGAGGCUUCCCUGUCCAGGGAGGCUCCAGCUACCCACUGGGGCUGCCCCCCUGCCUAUACCGGACACCAGGAAUGUUCUUCUUUGAGUGACAGCAGCCUCGCCUCUGUAAGGGCUCUGCCAACCACAGCUCCAGGCUGUGCCUGGCUCUAGGACCUGGAGAGCCCUGGAAGGACAGCCCUGGCAGGCCAAGGACAACCAGGAUGGGAAGCCGGACUGAAGCAGCCCCGUUCAACCAGGCCUUCGGGGCCUCCAGAAAAACUUGGGGGUGAGGGAGAGGUGGGGCCCCUGGGGAUUUGUUCUGUGGCUCUUGGGCCCAAUAAAACCAGUGUGGU